GGCGGAAAAGCUGAAAUGAGAAAAAUCCCGGUGCCGGCGAACAGAUAUACGCCUCUGAAAGAGAACUGGAUGAAAAUUUACACACCUAUUGUAGAACACUUGCAGCUUCAAAUCAGAUUUAACUUAAAAACGAGAAAUGUAGAGAUAAAGACUUGUAAAGAGACCAAGGAUAUAAGUGCCUUGACGAAAGCAGCCGACUUUGUGAAAGCUUUCAUCCUCGGAUUUCAAGUGGAGGAUGCCCUCGCGCUCGUCCGGCUAGACGAUCUCUUCCUAGAAUCCUUUGAAGUAACUGACGUUAAACCUUUAAAAGGAGACCAUCUUUCUAGAGCCAUCGGAAGAAUCGCCGGGAAAGGCGGGAAGACCAAGUUCACUAUCGAAAACGUCACGAGGACACGGAUCGUGCUUGCAGACUCGUAA